GCAGCUAGAUCUGGUGCAGAUCACUUUCCAUGGAGCUCCCUGUCAGCGCUGUGGUCUUCCUCUUCUUCUCCUACCAUCUCUGUGGUGCAGAAGACCGAAAACAUAAUGCAGUCCUCACUGUGUCCAAUGGAGGGAACGAUGGUAUAUGGGGAAAACCUGAAUUCUGUCCCACGGGAUAUGCAAAUGGAUUCCAAAUGAAGUUUCGCAGAGAUGUAAAUGAAGCCUAUAGAAAAGAUUUCACUCUGAAGGGCAUCCGUCUCCACUGCACUGACGGGAAAACAGUAGAGUCUAAAAGUGGAGAGCUCGGGGAAUGGGUUGCGGUUCAGAAAUGCCCCCAAGGCAACAUGGUGUCCUUUUCUUUGACUAUUGAAAUACCACAACUGCUAAUUCCUCAUGCAGUCACUAACCUUGAGGUCCUCUGCAGUGGUGGGGCUAAAGUGAAGAAAGAUAUCUUUGAACGGAUGGAAGAGGGCAAAAUGAGCAAGCGCUGCCCUAGGGGCUUCAUAUGUGGCAUCCAAACAAGGGUGGGGAAUGAGCAUGAAGUGCUUGUUAAAGUAGAACUUCGUGACGUGAAGAUGUUCUGUUUGUGA